AUGGGUAUUGUUUCAUCUACAACAUUGUCUUCAGAAUUAAAAGAUAAAAUUAUGAGUGUAUUUAAAAGAAUAGAUAAAGACGGAUCAAAGCAAUCUAACUUUGCAAAGGUAAAUACGGAUGCAUUAUUUAAAGCUGUAGAUGUUGAUAAUAGCGGAACAAUUACAGAAGAUGAAUGGUUACAAAUCUGGAUUACAGUAAAAGAGUCAGGGCAUUCUGAAUAAGAAAUAGAGGAAGAAUUAGAAAAUUUGCUUUUAGGAUUCUCAUGGGUUUAUUUCGAUAAAAAUAAUAAAUGA